GGGAUAAAAGCGAGGCCCGGCGCGCGCGCACGGCCAGUGAGUGCCAGGGCUGGGGCGGUGCGGCGGACAGCUGCAUGGCGCGUGGAGAAGCCCGGCGGACCGCGGCUCUGGGCCUGGCACUGCGGCUGCUGCUUGGCCUCGGACCGGGUCUGGAGGCCGCCCCGACCCCGGUCCCGAUCCGGUUCUUCGCCCAUAGCCCAGGCUCGUGCCCGCCCACCAACUUCCAGUGCCGCACCAGUGGCUUCUGCGUGCCGCUCCCUUUGCGAUGCGACGGCGACAAGGACUGCCCCGAUGGCAGCGACGAGGAGGAGUGUGGCAUCAAGCCUUGCGCCCAGGAUGGGCAGUGCCUGCCGCCCACUGGCAGCCCCUGCCCUUGUGACAGCGUCAAUGACUGCCCAGAUGGCAUCGACCAGAGCACUCGCCACAACUGCAGCCUCCAGCCCUGCCCGGCCGGGGAGCUCCGCUGCCUGCAGGGCGGUGACUGCAUCCCGCGCACCUGGCUCUGUGACGGCCAUCCUGACUGUCCUGGCUCUAGCGACGAGCUUGGCUGUGGAACCGAGACACCCCAGGAGGGGAAUGCCACAGCCGUGGGGACCCCUGUGACCCCGGCCACUGUCCUCGACCUCGGGAAUGCCACAGCCACCUCUGGUGGGAACUCAGUCCAGUAUGGAAACCGAAGCGCUUGUGGGGUUAUCGCGGCUGCCGUGGUGCUGAGCGCAGGCCUGGCUGCCAUCUUCCUGUUCAUGUUGUCCCGGCUCUGGGCCCAGGGGCGCCUGAACCACCCGGGGCUGCUGAUGGUGGUGAAGGAGUCCCUGUGGUUGUCAGAUGGGAAGACCUCGCUGAUGUGAGGACCGCUGCUGCCACCGCACCGCCGGGGCCCUGACAUGGCAGCUGCGGGCACCUCAGCCCUCGGACCUGGCCGCUUCCGGCCGUGCAGCACCGUGGACCUGAGCCCCUGCACGUGGCCCUGGGGGUCGUGGCCACCUGGACCCUCGCCCCGGACACAGGAAGCCUAGUAGUGGAAGCACGUCGCAGCUGGACCCUAGGGGCUGGCCCCGAGCUGCGCCCGGGCGUGGCCCCAACUCACACUCCUGCUGCCUUUGUCUGAGGGUGGUGAUUAAAGUUACUUUACAUCCUC